AUGGGACGAAAGCCCAACCCGCUUAUCCUUGAGUACUUUGUCCGCGGGGCUAAACUCAAUGACAAUAGUAAUCGCUAUCAACACACCUGCAAGCGAUGUGGUGAAAAUUUUCCCAAAGGUCGAAUCGAUAGUCUGACGGCUCACAUCACCAAAAAAUGCCCCGCCAUCUCCGAUUCGGAUCGCAUGCGAGCCUGCCUCGAGCUCCAUGGGCUUUCCAGUGCUCGUGCUGCCGCUGCCGAACGACAACAUAAUGGAAUUGGGCCUAGAGGUGCACGCCCUGUCGCUUCUAGCGUCCUGCCUCAGGAAUGGAGUGCUUUGGAGACUUUGGCUGAAGCCUCUCGGCAGGUUGAUCUUAACGAAAACAACCGCACACAGCCUAAAGGGCAGGAUGUCCCCGGUACUGCAGACGAUGUGCACUCGAAUGGAAGAUUUGAGCUUCACGAGCAAUUUACCCUUGAUAACCCACCCGCGGGCUAUGAAGAGCGCAACAAUCUCGCAGCCAACAACAAGCGGAUACCCAACGAGGCCGAACCUGACGAAGCGAAUGCGUCCAAGAUCGACUUGAACAUGGAUGUCGCCCACGUUUCGUCAAACGGAGUGGAAUUGUCGGCUGAGGAGAGACUGCAGGCAUUAUUACCCUUUCCCGACACAAACAACAUUUCUGUCGCCGUUGCAGCAGCAGCCCGUCUAAACCAGUCCUUCCUCGAUCCUCAACUAGUUGAUAGUGAGCCCCCUCCAGUCACACCAUCGGCCGCCGAAACCGAUAAUCUUCCUGAUGCCUCGCCGCCGGCCACCAACGACGCGAACGCCGCCCAGCCCUGGGGUGAAAUGACGUACCUCACGGCUACCGCGGCUGUCCCGCUUCUGGCGGAGCAUCAGACACCACCUGCGCCUCUCAAUCGAGGCGGCACACGCAUGGAUACUAGCGAUGCUUCUAUACUCGGUCGGCCUCGCCAUUCCCGAUCAAGAUUUACGCCAGCGCGUCGUAAAGAAGUGCAAGAGGUUCGCAAAAUCGGUGCCUGCAUUCGAUGCCGCAUUCUUCGCAAGAAUUGCGGCAAGGGAGACCCAUGUGACACGUGCAGAAAAGUGUUGGCUCCGCGUGUGUGGCGAACGGGCUGUGUGCGCACGCGAUUGCACGAGCAGCUUGACUUGUACUCAGCAGGGGUUCAAGUGGUAUUGUCUCAAAACCGCAUCAAUCUUCUCAAAGAGCAACUGCAACUGACCAAUAACGGGAGUGUGAUUGAAGUCUCCCAUUUUCCGGAAGCAGAGAAGCGCAUUGUUCUAGGCACAAUGGAGGCGCUUUUAGAACCCAAUGAGAGCCAGGCCGAAGCUCGAAACAGCAAGGAAGCAUUUCAGCAGGCGAUAAUGAUUGAUCAGGACACCGAGGACCUUCCUAGCAAGAUUGAGUCAUACAUGCGAGACGUCUUGCCACUUUUCAUUGAACGAGAGCCGUCGAAAUUCACCCGCAUCACGCUUGAGACUGCCGUUGAGCAGCAGGCUCUGGAGGAAGACGACCUCCUGAGCAAGGCCCUGGAGUUGUGGGGUCUCGUUGAGAGUAUAGACCGCGAGAGACAAUGGACGAUUCUGGAGCGCCCGGCUGAAGAAAACAGUGACGCGCGAUGGAUCAAUGAGGCGCAGAAUGAAAACGAUGCCGACAUUUACACAAUGAUUUGCAUGCAGCUCAACGCUGCGGCCGAGCGCAAAGCCAACUGCACCUCCAGGAGCCUGCUCAACCACAUGGACCGCUUGCUCACAGACAGCAAGACCAAAGUCGGCUUCAAAAUGUUCCUCACGGCGCUCGUCUUCCUAAAUUGCGUUGAAAAGUCGACGUGGGCGUUCAAGGCGUGGGAGCAGGACCACCUGCGCCCCGGCUGGCCGCUGGAGCGCGACCCCAGCGUCUUUGCGCAGCAGGGCGGCAACCUCGCCGGCCUGCUCAAGAUGCUGCUCGCCAUUCGCAAGGCGCUUCCGCAGACGUUGCGCGACGAACAUGGGAAGCUCGUCGCCCAAAGCCAAGAUCCUGCUAUUACCGCUUACUUCCAGAAACUCGAUCUCGAAUAUGACUCGAUUGAGAACCGACAAAAGGGCUCUCAGUUCUCUCCCGCCGACUCUCGUUCUUUGGAGCUCAUGUUUUGCUCCCACCUUCUCCUUCCAAAUUCCCCAACAUAG